ACCCAUCGCCUUGGAAGGAAUGCGGGCGCAACAGCGAACUAACGACUCUUGCGGCUCUCCACGUGACCAGAAGAAGCCUGGGUUUCUGGUACACACCAUGUUCAUCAUCUUCUGCUACGUUCCACUGUUCGUGCGGAACGUUUUCCGCGCCUUAUUUUCGCCAGAUGUGCCGGCCAUGAGCCCGCGGCCGUCGGACCUCGAGGAACACCGUGGAGAAAUACGGCUACAAUGUUCGUGGACUGCUCCACUGGUUAAGGAUAAAGCCGCCAUACCUGAACCAAGCGCAUUCCAGGCCUCGCGGCAUUUCAAGCGCUGCCAAAGUUCGUCGUUGAAGCACGAAGCCCUAAGGAUAAUCGGGAAAAGGACGGCUGGCUCGACGAUGAUGAGUCGCAGGAUGUUGCUGGCGACGAUCGCGGCCUUAAACGCGGGUCUCGUGGAUGGCAGCUUGCUGGUUGACCUGCCAUCGGGUUUGAAGUGCGCGUGGUACAACCUGGAGCACCCUGCUCAGUUCGCGAUAUUGUUUCUGAUGGUGGGUCUCGUGUAUUUUAUCAACUGGCUAUUCAACGAGGCUGAUAAGGUGGUGUACGCUCGUUUGUCCUGCGCCACCGAAGCUUGGAUGGACGAGAUCAGGCAUACGCGCCAGGUUUAUCAGCCGGUUGCAACCUGAACGCGCGCGACCAGACGGAAACGACCAACGCUGUACCUUCGGGGCCGACCGUCGUCGUAACGUAAGCCAGGGACCGCGGUGCACGGCGAGGAACAGCUCAUAACAUGCCAUCUACUUUGCACGACGGAGGACUCGUC